AUGGAUAUUCCACAUCUGAUUACUUCUCUGGGCUGGCGUGACAUCCUUCCUAAUCGAAACUUUGGGUUUUGUCCUGAGGCUGUUAGGAUGUUCUACGCAAACAUGAAGCCUUGUCUUCAUAUCUCUCCUCCCUGUUUCAUAACGAUAGUGUAUAAUUUUCUCAUCACUAUCAAUGUGGAACUGCUGUCCCUUCAGCUAGGAAUUCCUAUUGCUGGAGCAGAAGUCAUGAAUGAGUCGGAUUUCCACUCUGCUGAAUUCAAUGAGGGAGAUGCUCUGCGACUGUAUACUCGCGACACUGGUCGCUAUUAUCCCUCAGAAUUUCAUGCUGGCAGACUUCCUGACGACCUCAAAGUGCUGCAUUUCUAUAUCUCUCGUCUCUUUCUGCCUCGAUCUUUCGGGCUCAAUACUAUCUAUCCUUCAGAUCUAUGGAUCCUUGCUAGUGCCAAGGAAAAUCGUGUUAUCAGUUACUCUCAUCUGAUGUUCGAUCAUAUGCUGAACUUUCAUGCUGAUAAUUAUGAUGCGGACCUGCCUUUUGCUCCACAAAUUACUCAGAUCCUGCUAGCCUUAGGCAUAGACCUGCGUUUCAAGGUGGCACGAGUGGAUGUUCUCAGCUCUCUUCGAGCUCAGUUCGUACUUCGUAAGGUAGAUGCAUCUGUAGGCCGUCGUCGCCCACUGGUCAAUGCUCCAGGGGGAGGAACAGCUGCUACUGGAGUUCGUCAUGAGGAUGGAGUCAGCUUGUCAGAUCUGGGUGGAGAUGAAGCUGAGGAAGAACCUGAUACGGCAGAUAUCUCUGGAGCCGUCAGGGAUAAGGGGAAGCGACCUCUGGUGGACCCGUUGGAAGCAAUCCAAGCCAUGUUUGGACAAGAGGAAGCAAGCUGCAGUAGGAGGAAUAUGAGGAUGGAGGAUGAAGAUGGCAUUUCAGAUUAUGUGUCCUCUCCCGAGUUUCUGUUCUAG